AUUUUGUGGUGAAAAACAAAUCUUGUUAUUACAAGAAGAUACAAAAAAAAAAGUAUGUGUUGUUGUGGAGAUGAUUGUCAAUGUAGACCUUUAGGUUUUCUAUUGGGUCUUCCCUUUGCUUUUGUUGCUCUUCUUCUAUCCAUUGUUGGUGUUAUCAUAUGGAUUGUUGGAAUUACAUUGAGUUGUUUAUGUCCAUGCUGUAUUUGCGUAACAGUAUUGGUAGAAAUGGCUUUGGCAUUGAUUAAAGCACCCUUUUCGGUUAUGAAGUGGUUUACUGAACAAAUUCCAUGUUAGAAAAAAAAUAU